UGUAGAAGAACAACAAAAGGUACAAACUAAGGAGCAUAGACAAAAUGAAGAGUAUGUGUACAAAAGCAUUCUCUUUUGUACUACUUUUUUUCCUAUUAAUAAAUUGUAUGUAUUCUGAAGCACAACAAUGUCGUCCAAGUGGAAGAAUCAAAGGAAAAAAGGCCCCUCCAGGACAAUGCAACAAAGAGAAUGAUUCUGAUUGUUGUGAAACAGGCAAAAUGUACCCAAUAUACAAAUGUUCUCCACAAGUGAGUAGUCACACAAAGGCAUAUCUAACCCUUAACAGCUUUGAAAAGGGUGGAGAUGGAGGUGGGCCUUCAGCAUGUGACAACCAGUAUCAUUCUGAUGACAAACCAAUAGUUGCACUCUCUACUGGAUGGUUCAACCACAAGAGCAGGUGUCACAAGAAGAUCACCAUAAAUGGCAAUGGCAGGAGUGUGGAGGCCAUGGUGGUUGAUGAGUGUGACUCAACAAUGGGUUGUGAUGCAGACCAUGAUUAUCAACCUCCUUGUGCUAACAACAUUGUUGAUGCAUCCAAGGCUGUGUGGGAAGCCUUGGGCGUGCCUCAAGACCAAUGGGGUGGAUUGCAAAUUACUUGGUCUGAAUCCUCUGAUGCUUAAUAUACAACUAUUACUAUCUACGAUUCUAUGUAUGUAUAUCUUCUUCUUGUUAUAUGUAUCUUGUGUGUAUGGAAAAGUAUAAUUCAGUCUUG